AUGAGACAAUUACAUAUAUAUUCUUUGGACGACGAAAAUGAAGAAAAUAUAAUUGCCACAUUUGUUGAAGGUGAACAUCCAAUUGGCAGAGAAAAACUAAAUUGUAAAGAUAAAAGAAUUUCAAGAAAUCACGCUUUAAUAACGGUAACUGAAAGUGAUAUAACAAUAAAAUCAACGCAUGUAAAUCCUUUAUUUUACAAGCCUUAUGGUGGAAAUAGUCUUAAAAUUGUUAAAACAAAUGAAACAGUUAUUAUCCAUGAUGGAGACCAAUUUGGUUUACUAGCAGAUACUUUUUGGUUCAAAGUUAGAUACCCAGAAGCUAGAAGUGGGGUUAAGCGACACCAUAAUGGGGUCCAAGUUGAUACAAUAUUAAAUAUUAGCUGUGAUGAUGUUAAUCACAGUGAAUUUGAAGGUGAAGUUGACUCAAAAUUAUGUGAAAAGGAAAUUGAUUCUAAUAAAAGGGCAGAGUUUGGUACUGAACAACAAAAUCAGACUCACUUAGAAGAAAAGCUUUGUGUUAAAGAUAAUGAAAAUCUGUUGGAAGAUCAAACUAAUGAGAUUGACACUACUAAUGAAGAUAGUGACAAAAAUACUAAUGAAAGCAAAGAUUUUGCAGAUUUUCUAGGAAAGAGUGAGGAAAAAGGAUUGCCAGAACCAAAUAAACCUCAUAAAAACUGUCACUCAGAGGAAAAUCAUACAAAUGAAAAUGAUAAUACAACUGACUGCGUUAAUGAAAAAGACGAUGAAGAAUUGAAGAAUCCAAAUAAUAAUGAUGCUUCAAAUAAGAACGACACAGCUACGAAAAAACAAAGACAAAAGUGUUGGUAUGGUGCAAAAUGUUACAGAAAAAAUACGGAUCACAAACAACAGUACAGUCAUGCCGGGGAUUCUGAUUAUGAUGAAAAUGACAUACCUAAUUGCCCCUUUGGUAGUGCUUGUUACAGAACUAACGGUUUACACAGACAACAUUACAAGCAUGACAACCCUCCUGCUCAAAAACCUCCACCAAAUACCAAUGACCUAGAUAGUUCUGAAGAUGGUACAACUGCGAGAAAAAAGCGAAAAACUACUACAAAAGUGACAAAAUACACAGAGUCUCCUGAAGAUGAUUAUGAUCUUGAAGAUCCAUUUAUAAACAAUAAUAGCAGCGAUGAUUUUGAAUUAUCAGAUAGUGGUGACAGUGAUAGUGAUUGGCGAGAUUCUCAAGAGGUCGAGGAAGAAUCUCAAGAAAGAAAAAGGCUACUGAAAGAAGCAAAAAAAUUUAUUCAUCAAAAGAAAUGAAAAUAACAAUUUUUAAUUGAUUUUAAUACAUCACACUGAUAUAAAUAGUGAAUUUUCUUAGUUUUAUUUUUAUUUAUUGUAAUACCCUCGUAUAUAAUGUUUUUUUGCUCAAUUUUGCUCUUUAUCAAAAUAUAAUUCAACUCGUGGUUCAUUAA